AUGAACGGACAAGUGUACGUCCUCCUAAAUGGACCUGUGGCCCUGACCAGCCUGCUGACCACGUGUUUCUUCUGCUCCUGUCUCCUGGCUCCGAAACCCGGCCAAGAGGAAGGCAUGAAGCAACCGCUCUUACUGCUUCUGUGGUCCGUGGUGGGAUGGAACGGCUGUGUGCAGCUCACCAUACUUCUGUCUGUCUGCCUGACGUUCUCAGAGGAGUAUAUGGCCCAGGAGUUUUUCCUGGGCAGGUGGUUCUUGCUGAAGUUCAGCAUUCUCCUCAGCUUGUCCCCCACCGCAUGGCUGAGCGUCUUCUACCACGUCAGAAUCGUCCCCGCCCAACACGCCUUCUUCACGUGGAUGAAGAGGAACAUCAAAGCAGUAGUCUACUGGGGUUUGGUCGUCGACAGGGUCCUCAUUCUGUCCGACAGCGUAAUCGGGGUCAUGCAGCUCGUUUCAGAGAAUGACAAAGGGUCAAGAGGACAAAAUGGCAGCUCUUUUCCGCCACCUUUCAACGGCUCCCAGGCUGGCCAGGCCAUCGACAUGGAAGCGGUUGUCUUUGUGAGUUCAUGGAUUGAAAUGUCCUAUUUCAUCCUCUGCUUAGCUGUGAUGGCUUUAUCCAGCGGUGCCACGGUGCUGUACCUGUGGAGACACAUGAAGAGGAUGCAGGCCACCUCCAGCAGCUCUUUCUCCAGCCCCCAGCUGCAGAGCCAGUGGAGGGUCACCGUGGCCAGCCUGGUCCAGGGCGGACUCUACGUCUUCUGCACGGUGUGGAUCCUCCUGGACUGCUUUCUGCUGCUAUUCCCAGACCUCGACACGGAAAACCACAUCCUGUGCACCAUCAUUUCCCUCUUCUCCUUAGGGACCGUGAUUAACCUGGGCUUCGGACAGGCCCUGUUCCGACAGCGGGCGUCCGAUCUGUGGGACAGGGCUGCGAAGAUCCCUCAGCUGUGUGGAUUCAACAGAGCAUGA